UUUCCUCUCUGCAUCCUGAUUGGAUGUUGCUGCUCUCCUUCACGCAUACCCAUGUGACCAUCACUGUGACACUUGCCCUGCUUUUCAUUCCCAAGUUUCUCUAUGUGUCUAAGCCGGGGAGAGAGGAGAUUGCAGCGGAGGUUUAUGAAGAUGAAGUCGACCUGCGGCGCUCCGGCUCGUACCUCAACAGCAGUUUUCACUCUGCUUGGAGUGAACACAGUGGAGUGGACCCGGAUGACUUCAGGGAUGAACUGAAGAAGUUAUAUGUCCAGUUAGAAGUCCACAAGACCAAGAAGAUGACGGCAAAAAACCCUCAUCUGUCAAAGAAGCGAAGUUCUCGAUGCGCAUUAGGAAGAUCUAUCAUUAGACGCAUUGCUGAGAUCCCAGAAAGCAUGAGCCGACGGUGCAGCCGCGACGACAGAGAGGGCUCCCUCCGAAGUAAAAGUGAGCAUCAGUCUGAGUCCUCCAAAAGAGCUCCAGAUUCUGUCACUAUCGGCCUCAAAAGUUCAAUGAAGUACCCAUCACCGUACCCAUCACCAUACCCAUCACCAUACCCAUCACCAGCAAUGCGCAAGUCCCAGAGCGAUCAUCACUAUGUCAGGGAAAGAGACCCUUCCUUGCGUGACUCCAUGUUAAUGGCCAACGCUUUGAAAAGGACUUCCCGUCAAUCAGAGACAGAUUCCUUGGAUAUUCCACUAGGGCUCUGCAAGUCAGCCAGUGCCCAAAAUCUGUCCAUUGAUAUCAAUCUCUUGCAUCCUGAUCACACCAGGCUUCAGAAAUCCAGGAGUCUAACUUCCGCUUCUAGGAGUUCAAUGGAGAACAUCCCCAAGGUUACCAGAGCCAGCACAGUGCUGAAACAUUCGGGACAGAGCCUUUCCAUCAGUGAACAGACCAGAAGUGCCCUCCAGUCAGGGUCUUUUGACAAGUCUGGUGUAUGUCCUUGGGAUGAGGAGCAAGAACAGUCAGGGGACAAGAACCAGAAACAUGUGACCUACGCAAACUCAAUGAAGAGUGAAGACAAUGGGGCGAUAUCUCCAAAAGUGCUCGUCUGUCCCUGGGAGAAAUUACCACCUGUAGAGAAGAAGCCUUCAGAAGAUAGCGAAACAUUUGAAACGGACUACCGAAAACCGCAGGCGUCUGUUUCUGCAAGUGCACCUUGCACUCCGAGACCAAAAUUCACAAAAUAUCAACGCGUCUUCUCCUUCCGGACCGCCACCUCUACGUGGCUCUCUGUGAAAACAGCAAUGGAAAUCAAGAAGGCUCACAACAAAGAGUCUCAACUUUAA